AUGGCGGACGAAGAGGCGGUGGUCUUGCAGCAGAAUCUCGACAGGAGCUGCUGGGUCUGCUUCGCAACAGACGAGGAUGACCGCACAGCAGAGUGGGUGCGACCAUGCCGCUGCCGGGGUUCCACCAAGUGGGUCCACCAGGCCUGCCUACAGCGCUGGGUGGAUGAGAAGCAGCGCGGCAACAGCACUGCACGCGUAGCCUGUCCGCAAUGUAAUGCGGAAUAUCUCAUUGUCUUUCCUAAACUGGGUCCCGUGGUCUACGUACUGGACUUGGCCGACCGACUCAUAUCAAAGGCCGGACCUUUCGCGGCCGCAGGCAUCAUGGUGGGCUCUAUAUACUGGACUGCUGUCACAUACGGCGCCAUCACCGUCAUGCAGCUAGUGGGCCACAAGGAAGGCCUCGAUGUUAUUGAGCGGGCCGACCCGCUUUUCCUUCUCAUCGGCCUGCCCACCAUCCCCGUCAUGCUGAUCCUCGGCAAGAUGAUCCGCUGGGAGGAUUACGUCCUGCGUCUGUGGAGGAAAUACUCCAACAAACUACAAAUCCUCAACAGCAUCUUUCCCGGGAUCGGCUGCCCGGUCCCCCGCAUACCUGCUGAGGCCAGCCCCUUGGCCGAUCACGUCUCGGCCACCCGCAUCCUGUGUGGCGCUCUGGUGUUCCCCACCAUCGCGACUACCGUGGGGAAGCUCAUGUUCAGCAGUGUCAACUCCAACUUGCAGAGGACCAUCCUGGGAGGAAUCGCCUUUGUGGCCAUCAAGGGGUCGUUCAAAGUGUACUUCAAACAGCAGCAGUACAUGCGGCAAGCUCACCGCAAGAUCCUCAACUUUCCUGAGCAGGAGGAAGCCUGA